GUUCGAAAUGUAGUUAUCUUUGGGUGACCGAAGAUUGCAGAUGUGUGGAUUUAUUAUUCCGAAAAUAUUUGAUCUCAGUUCCGUUUGUGCAGCGUAUGCAGAAAAAAAUUUAAACCUGAAAAUCGAUUUCGGCUCCAAAUCUUCCACUGAAUUGUCGUAACUAAUUACUUAAAACAAUAUUGAUGCAAUAUUUAGUGACACACGGAUAACACACUUUAGGCACCUGAGAUCGCCAGAACGAAAUAUCGCAACCAAAUUUUCUACAAACCUUGGAUAUUUUUUGCGACUGAAUGUGAAGUAUGUUGGCAAUGGUGUUCGUGGAAUUUUCUUCGCCGAAUGAUUUGCUGAGCUAGGCUGUUUCAUGAAGUCGGCGCAUUUCGUGGAUAUCUUGGCUCAACGGCCUACUGUGUGAAAAGAAACAAGUGAAAAUGUUUGAUUAAAAGAUGCAGAUAGGGUAAUAAUACAAAAAAAGCAAUUGCAACCUAGUGCAGCUCGGUCAAUGAUUGGCGUUGGCAAGGUGAAAGUUUUCCCGAUGAAGUUAGCAUAACAAAGGAUGUGCCAGUGUUGAAAGGAUAUACAAAAAAAAGUCACACGCAGAUACGUCACAAACAAAUUUACGCACUACUGGAUAGAGUGGUUUUCGUUGGUGGACGGGGGUGAGGACGUAGAAAAUUUUGGCUGACGUUUUUACGUCGCAACAAUUGGAUGUCUUUGAAAUAGAGACACGUUACCGACAAAUUUGCAGUAUUUUCACCGGAAUGGAAUCGACCGCCAGCGUCGAUAAUGGACUCCGGAAACCGGAACCGACCGGUGCCAAUGCAGACCCAGCUCCAGUGCCAGUACGAAAUCGGUCACCGAAGCAGCCGAAGGAAAUUCACUAUGUGAAUCCCUUUGUGCAUAAGCUGAUUUGGGACGAUCCUGUUGAUAAAAUUAAGACCGCCUUCCUCACAGUAUUCCUGCUGCCAUUUAGAGUGAUACUCAUCCUAAUCUGUCUGGUGAUAGCGUGGACCCUAGCAAACAUCGGCCUCUAUGGACUUUCCCGGGAUGAACUUCGGACAAAGCCACUAUCGGGCUGGCGGCGACAGUUACGCGUUCUAACCGGACAAAUGAUGCGACUACUGUUCGUGUUUGGUUCAUUCAACUGCAUCCGGACCAAGGGUGAACGGGCCUCCCCGAAGGAGGCCCCGGUGAUCUGCGUGGCGCCCCACACCGCUUUCUACGAUUCGAUCUGUGUUAUUAUGUUCGGACCAUCAGCCGUGGUCGCCAAGUACGAGACCGCUUCGUUGCCGUUUUUCGGAAAGCUGAUCGAUUAUGCGCAACCCAUUUACGUAUGUCGUGAGGAUCCAAACUCUCGCCAAAACACAAUCAAAGAGAUAAUCGAGCGUGCCAAUUCGAAGGAGGAUUGGCCGCAGAUUUUGAUCUUCCCGGAAGGUACCUGCACCAAUCGGACUUCUCUGAUACAGUUCAAACCGGGCGCGUUCUAUCCGGCUGUGCCUAUCCAACCGGUACUGGUUAGGUAUCCGAACAAAGUGGAUACCGUCACAUGGACCUGGGAGGGACCGGAUGCAUUUCAUCUACUGUGGCGAACGCUAACCCAAUUCCAUACGUUUUGUGAAAUCGAAUUUCUACCGGUGUACAUCCCGAACGAGGAGGAAAAGCGGGAUCCAAAACUGUACGCUCGGAACGUGCGAAAUUUGAUGGCCCGUGAGUUGGGCAUACCGAUCUCCGAUUACACUUUCGAUGACUGUAAACUGAUGACGUUCGUGAAAAAUGUCAACAUGCCAUACGCUGCAUUCAGUGCGGACAUUGAGAAGCUGCGCAAGACGUUGGGAUUGGAUAAGCUAACCAUUGAAAAGCAGAUUGUGACCACUGAAACCAGAUUCUCAGAUGAUAACAGUUUCCUGACGAUAGAAGAGUUUUCCAGUAAAUUGCAUAUUCCAGCUGAUGAUGAAUCGACUAAGAAGCUCUUCCGAAUAUUUGUAAAGCCACCCCGCAUGGACGUUAUUGACUUUAGGGAGUACCUGCUUUUAUCGCUGUUCUUGGUUACACUGUACUCACCAAAACUAAACUUCGUUAAAGUGUUGUUCCAGCUGUAUGGGGAAGAUGGUAAAGUUUCUCGACAGUCAUUUUUCGAAACACUUCAGUACCUUGUAAAAAUAAACCAACAGGAAGUGGAUUCCAUUUUCGUGAUGGCGGAUAACGAAAACUUGGGCAGAAUUUCCUUUGAGCAAUUCUCUGAGGUUGUGGACAAGUUCCCUGUCAUCCACAAGAAACUGCAGAAAAAUAACGACCCUAAUAACUUGAGGCUUACUUAAUUUGAUCAGUCAACUCCGUACCACCACAACCACGAAUGGUUUUUGUCCAAAAAUGUAUGGUAGUCAAGAAGGAUGAAAUAUAUCAAUGUUUAGGAUUGAGGUCAAUCAAUACCAGAAAACACCCAAGGUCCUCUAGAAGGGGGUUUUACAGGAAAAAAGUAGAAUCAUUCAGACUACUCAAAACUAAUAUUUAUUUAUCACGUUGGUCAUACUAUAGAAACUCCAUCGUACUUCUCGAACGUGCGUAGCACAGUCAUCAAACAUAUUGUGAAGAAGAUUUGAAUAUCUUCCGUUAGUUUUAGUAUUUUAUUUCGCUCUGCAAAGACAAUUUGCUUAGUAACAAAAAGAACUGAAUUUAAGAUUAUCCUUGAGUUGUUAAAUGAUGGAUGUGGGGCAAAUAACGACUCUGCCUCGCGUUAAAUUUGUAAAUAUAUGUUUUUAAGUCGUAGUAAA